AUGGCCGACCAGAACAAGAAGAACGACGACUUCGUGGCCAAGAUGCCCGAGGUCGCCAACGAGAACAAUAUCGGUGACGGCGAGAAGGAGAACGACUCCCUCGUUGGCCGUGGCCCUGGCACUGAUGCCCUCCCUGCGCAGCCUGGAGGCUUCAUGGCCACGGUUGAGAACAGCGGACCUUUCUCUAUUCUCGCCUACUGUCUCUCCUCCAUUUCCAUGACAGUUGUCAACAAGUAUGUUGUCUCUGGCAGUUCAUGGAACCUGACUUUCUUCUAUCUUGCGGUUCAGUCAAUUGUGUGCAUUGCUGCCAUCACAGCAUGCAAGCAGUUGGGCAUGAUCAAGUCCCUUGCUCCUCUGGAGAUGGACCGCAUUAAGAAGUGGUAUCCCAUUUCGCUCGUCCUUGUUGGUAUGAUCUACACAAGCACCAAGGCUCUUCAGUACCUCUCCGUGCCUGUCUACACCAUCUUCAAGAACUUGACCAUCAUUGCUAUCGCUUAUGGCGAGGUUCUCUGGUUCGGUGGCUCUGUCACGUCUACUGCUCUCGCCUCUUUCAGUCUCAUGGUUCUCAGCUCCGUUGUUGCUGCCUGGGCUGAUAUCAAGAGCGCCAUCUCUGGUGACUACAGUGCCACCACUGGUGAUGCCGAUGCGCUUGCGACCUUGAACGCCGGCUACUUUUGGAUGGCCAUGAACGUUAUCUGCUCUGCCUCUUACGUCCUUGGCAUGCGCAAGGUCAUUCACAAGAUGAACUUCAAGGAUUGGGACACCAUGUACUACAACAACCUCCUCACCAUCCCCGUCCUCGUCUUCUUCUCGCUCGUCACUGAGGACUGGUCCAGCGCCAACUUGGCCAAGAACUUCCCCGAGGAUACUCGCAACCGCAUGAUGAUCGGCAUCAUCUACUCUGGUCUUGCUGCUAUCUUCAUCUCCUACUGCUCUGCUUGGUGCAUCCGAGUCACCUCUUCCACCACCUACUCUAUGGUCGGUGCCCUCAACAAGCUGCCUAUUGCUGUCUCUGGUCUCAUCUUCUUCGCCGCCCCCGUCACCUUCGGAUCCGUUUCAGCUAUCUUUAUUGGUUUCGUCUCCGGUAUCGUUUAUGCUUGGGCCAAGGUCAAGGAGAACGAGGCUAAGAAGAACGCUCUUCCCACUGCUGAGAACCGAGAUUCAUCAAAGUAA